AUGGCCACCCUGGCGGCCAUGUCAGAGCUCGUAUGGCUGUCCGCUGUGGCAAAGGAUGUCUUGUCUGCAUCCGCACAGCUGCUUGAGGGGCAAGUCCCGUGUCCACCAACAAAGCUCGCGGCUGCUUUGCAGAAGGUGCAGGGCCGAGAAGAUUUGGGCCUGCUUGGUGAUGCUGAGCUUCGGAAGGACUUUGCGAAGGCGCUUGACAGUCCUGACAGUGGGGUCCAGGAGAUCUCUGCUCAGUGUGGCCCGCAGCUUGUGGACCUCUUUUCGAAGGUUUUGCAGGACAAGCUCCAGCGAAUACGCUCCAAAGCGAAGCAGUGGGAAACAAAGCUUCCGAAAGCCGGCGCUGCAAGCUAUGCCGCCGUGCUUGAAGCUUGCAAAGACGGGCUGCCAGAGGCACUUCGGCUCGACUGGGUCCUGUGGCAUUCCGUCGGCAGCAGCCACUACCCAAAGGAUGUUCCAGCUCUGCCUUCGGCAGUAGUGAAUGAGCGAGUCGCUCUUCUGGCCAGCGUCGGUGACAGCCCCAUUGCAGAUUUCGUUGUGAGGUCACACGUUCUGGAGCAUUUGGACAAGUACCAGUCCUGGGAGGCUUCCAUGGCUGCUAGUCAACCCAAGGCGCCCUCCAGUGGGGUGAAGAUUCCCUUCGAUGCAAGUGUUACAAAGCAGGUAACACUGCGCCGUGCCCUGGGACAAGCCUUUCCGGUCGAGGUUGCGACGGCUGCGUCGGAGGUUGAUGGUGACUACAGGGAAGCGAUAAAAUCCCUGGCCGCAACAGCAAGAACUUCUGCAAUUCUGCCAAAGUAUGUGGCGCCGAAGGAGGCAGCGGGCAAAGAGUCCGGCAAGAAGCGCAAGGCGGACUCGGCAACAUCUGGAGGUGGCCUUGCGGCAUUGCACAAGUCGACAGAGAACCAGGAGUAUCGAUGGCACAUGUUGGCCUACGCCAUCCGUCCUGAAACGACGCUCAGCGCAUCACCAUCGAAGGGAAGCAAAGCCGGUAUCACGAAGGAAGCUUCAGCGGCGCCGCUGAAUGGGACAUCCUCUCAAAGACCGCAAGGCUUUGCCGGAGUCUGGGCUCCAACAGGCAGCGCUGCUCCACCUGGCCAUACACCAUAUUCCUGGCACCACCAGGCUGAGGGAAUGAAGGAGGGCUUCGCAACGAUCUGGGCGGCCAAGGGCUCGGAGUGUCCACCUGGACACACACCUUAUUCGUGGGCAAAGGCACUUGGUGGCACUGGCUCGACUCCUGCGUAA